AUGAAUAAUCCGCCGCUCCCCGAUGUGCAGGCACAAGCUUGCAGCAAGAGGUUCGGCAUCGUCAAGGGCGAGGUCGGCGGCGCUAGCGACUGCUUCGCGGUGAGAGAGCUGCUCACGGUCGACAGGCUGCUCGAGGGCCUCGGGGUGCGAGGCGACGUGGGCGCCACCACCGAGGUCUGUGAGGAGCUGAUGAUGGAGGAGAUCGUGCAGGAGGGCCUCGAGGAGGAGCUGGAGGACGCGCAGUACCUGGGUGAGGGCGGCGUGUUCGGCAUGCUGUCCGACGACGUGGGCGAGUUUAGCGUCGACGGCACCGUCCCGACAGCUCCUGCGAGCGACGCCGAGGAGUUCGAGGAGGAGGAGCUGGAGGCCCACGUUCACGAUGACGGCGCCGACGGCCAGAAGCUGGCCGUGGUGCAGAGCCACGGCAGGGACAGCGCCGUGGCGGGGAUCGAGGGGACGACGCGCUUCUUCGACUGGUUAGACGACGAGGCGCUCUUCGGCCCCAACGGCCCCGUGGAGAAGGCCCACUUCCUGGACUGCGCCAGCCUCGACGCGCUGGCGGCCGCGUCCACGAUGCAGUGCGACGCAAUGGAGGUGCUCCGCUGGUGUGCGCUGGACAGGGUCAAGGACGACCGCGCCGCGGAGCGCGACGGGGGCACAGACAAGGGCAUGGACAUGGACGAGUUCAUGCAGGCAGUACGGGCCGAGGCCCAAGGAGCAGACGGAGCGAGUGGGGUGUUGAUGUGA